AUGGCUCGUACCAAACAAACCGCGCGCAAGUCCACGGGAGGCAAAGCCCCCCGCAAACAACUCGCCACUAAGGCCGCACGCAAGUCAGCGCCAACCACAAAUACCACCGGCGGCGUGAAGAAGCCCCACCGUUAUAAGCCCGGAACCGUCGCAUUGCGUGAGAUCCGUCGGUACCAAAAGUCCACUGAGUUGCUCAUCCGUAAGCUCCCUUUCCAGCGCCUCGUCCGUGAGAUUGCCCAGGAUUUCAAAACGGAUUUGCGCUUCCAGUCGUCGGCCAUUGCUGCUUUGCAGGAGGCAGCCGAGGCUUAUUUAGUUUCCUUGUUCGAGGAUACUAAUUUGGCCGCUAUCCAUGGACGCAGGGUUACUAUUCAACCCAAGGAUUUGCAGCUGGCCCGGCGUCUGCGCGGCGAGCGCUCGUGA